CCUCUUCCCACCCCCUUGGCCACCUAGGACUGGAGCCCUGCGGUUGGGCGAUAAACACUCUGCGGCUAGGGAGGAGGGAACGGGGGGGCGUUCGCUCCUUUCGGACUGCUUUUGGAAGUAAAUGCCUUAUUUUCCUUUUGGGUGAGGUUAGGUCCGGACGCGGGGUCCAGGCCGCCGGUUUGAGCCUACUCCCUUGUGAGAGCAGAAAAUCGCUCCUAUGGAGAGCGAUUAAAGUUGCGGAGGGGACUGCGAGCCGGGAGUUUUCUCCAUGGCCGGCGAAUGGUUCGGCCCUGAACUGGUCCAAGAGCUAGCCGGACGCGUCUGAGAGAGGCCCCAGAGGGGGCGGGAGGGCGGUCCGCAAAACGCGAGUUCUGUGGAGAGACGUGGGGAAGAUUCGAUUCCGAGAAGAGGAAGAGCCCGACUGAAAGGGAGCGAGGCCGCUGAGGGGGAGGGGGCUGCCAAGAUGGCGUCGGCCUCCUCCGGGCAGUCGGCGGUCGGAUUUUCAUCCUUUGAUCCCGGGGUCCCUUUGAGUAACUCGGCCUCAGGUUUCAACUUUCUGUGCUGUGGGGUCAACCAUAAGAGAGCAGCAUCAGUACCUGGAAUCAAGAGAGCUAUGGCAUCUGCAUCUGAGGUGCCUUGUGCCUCUACACUGCCCAUCAAGAAAAUAGGCCACCGAAGUGUGGAUUCCUCAGGAGAGACAACAUAUAAAAAGACAACCUCAUCAGCCUUGAAGGGUGCCAUCCAAUUAGGCAUUACUCAUACUGUGGGGAGCCUGAGUACCAAACCAGAACGGGAUGUCCUCAUGCAAGAUUUCUACGUGGUGGAGAGUAUCUUCUUCCCCAGUGAAGGGAGCAACCUGACCCCUGCUCAUCACUACAAUGACUUUCGUUUCAAGACCUAUGCACCGGUUGCUUUCCGCUACUUCAGGGAGCUAUUUGGCAUCCGGCCUGAUGAUUACUUGUAUUCCUUAUGUAGUGAGCCACUGAUUGAACUCUGCAAUUCUGGAGCUAGUGGUUCCCUUUUUUACGUGUCCAGCGAUGACGAAUUCAUCAUCAAGACAGUCCAGCAUAAAGAAGCGGAGUUUCUGCAGAAGUUGCUUCCAGGAUAUUACAUGAACCUCAAUCAGAACCCUCGAACUUUGCUGCCUAAAUUCUAUGGACUGUACUGUGUGCAGGCAGGUGGCAAGAACAUACGAAUUGUGGUGAUGAACAAUCUUUUACCACGGUCAGUCAAGAUGCAUAUGAAAUAUGACCUCAAGGGCUCAACAUAUAAACGACGGGCUUCUCAGAAAGAGCGAGAGAAGGUUCUCCCCACCUAUAAAGACCUGGACUUCCUACAAGACAUCCCCGAUGGUCUUUUUUUGGAUGCUGACAUGUAUAAUGCUCUUUGUAAGACCCUGCAGCGUGACUGUUUGGUGCUGCAGAGUUUUAAGAUAAUGGAUUACAGUCUUUUGAUGUCAAUCCACAACAUAGAUCAUGCACAACGAGAGCCCUUAAAUAAUGAAACACAAUACUCAUUUGACACGCGCAGACCAGCUCCCCAAAAAGCUCUCUACUCCACAGCCAUGGAAUCCAUUCAGGGCGAGGCUCGACGAGGUGGAACCAUGGAGACAGAAGAUCAUAUGGGUGGCAUCCCUGCCCGGAAUAGUAAAGGGGAAAGGCUCCUGCUUUAUAUUGGCAUUAUUGAUAUUCUGCAGUCUUACAGGUUUGUUAAGAAAUUGGAACAUUCUUGGAAAGCACUUGUACAUGAUGGGGACACUGUAUCAGUGCAUCGUCCAGGCUUCUACGCUGAACGGUUCCAACGCUUCAUGUGCAACACAGUGUUCAAGAAGAUCCCCUUGAAGCCCUCUCCUUCCAAAAAGUUUCGGUCUGGCUCAUCUUUCUCUCGGCGAUCAGGCCCCAGCGGCAAUUCCUGCAUUACUUCCCAGCCAUCCGUCUCUGGGGAACACAAAGCACAAGUGACAACAAAGGCGGAAGUGGAGCCAGAUGUUCAUCUUGGUCGUCCUGAUGUUUUACCUCAGACUCCACCUUUGAAAGAAAUCGGUGAAGGCUCACCUGUUCCUGGCCCCAGUUUCUCACCUGUAGUUCCAGAGACUUUGCAGAUACUAAAUACAAGUUUAAUGUUGGAAAAGCUUGAAAUUACAGAGUCAGAGUUCUGCCAUUGAGCAAGAAAUUCUAGAAGACCUGAAUUAAGAUUCUGCUGUCUCUGAUCCUAGAAUGUCAGCCUUUGCCCCAGGAAUGCUGAGUUUUCUUCUGCUUGGUCAUCAAAAAAGGAGUUAUGAUUUGGAGGCUAGGGGAGCUCUCCAUUUCACUACCUGUAGAAGAAUUUACUCUCCUUGACCUUUCUCUGAAUGGGCAUUAGUGCCUUGGACAAUUGAGGACAGCAGUAUCCCCUCCACUUAAGUUGGGUGGCAUGAAUUUUCAACUAGCCUGUCUUGGCUUCCACAACUGAAUUUUUUCAAAGCCCCAGUCUUUGUGCUGGAAGUGGGGUUGCUGGACUUUGGGUUUCUUCCCUCCUCAUCUACCUUUCAUCAGGAGCUGGACUCUUAUUAAUUUCCUCAAGACAGACUGACUGACAAAUUAUCCCCAUCUUAGCUCUUUCUCUCUGAUCCCUGAAUAAGACCCUGCACUUUCUGUAAAGAUUUUUGGGAGAGUAAGGGUGUUAACCACCUCCCAACCUUCUUUUUUCCUUAAAAAAGGAAAAGAACAAACAGUUCAUAGCACAAUUUCAAGGCAGUUUCAGAUCAAAUUCCAGAAGUGUCAAAGAGAGACCUAUUUGUAUGCCUCUUCCCACAGAAGAGCCCUGGUGUUGGUGAAGCAGAAAUAUGGUGACCAGCAGAGUUCCUCUUUAACUCCUCCUCUCUUGAUUUCUCCAGGAUGAAGGAGUGGAGACAGUGCAACAUGGGGUUGUCUUACUCCUUUUGUUAAUCCAGUGGGGUGGGUAUGGGGCUCUUCAGAGCUCUUCUAGGGAGGACCCUGUUCACUGCCAGACCAUAUAGUUAUUACGGUUCUGCAAUUUGAAAUGUAUUCUGGUUGUUUUCUAAACAUUGAAGACUUUACAUUCUCUAAAGGAGAUUUCUUGUUCUUCCCAUUUUCCCCCAAAAAAUGUUCUGUUGUUCAUGGAGCUAAGGUGGAGGGGGAGACUACCAGGAAGUCCAUAUCUACCAGAAUUGAGAAUGUUUUCUUAAACUCUUGGGGAGCCAGCAGCCUCCUGGUAAGAUCAUUGCUGUGCUACAUGCUCUCUCCCCUCUCUUCAUGCAGGGAAGUUGGAAGUGGGAGCUAUAUAAGCCCUCUCCUGCCCAUCUCUAAGAGUUGUUUGUGGCUGGCUGUCUGAAUUGUCCGUUCUUGUCAGGGGAAGAAGAGGGCCUUGUGUCUCAGGCAGAUUGUUGAAGUCCCACAAUAUCUCUUCUCCAUCCCACUGUACCUGGAUAGUAGGUUAACCCGUACACCAAAUAACUGUCUAUAUUAGACGCCUCCAACCAGUUUCUGGCUGCCUGUCUUUGCUGCCAUGUUUUUUACAAGACGGAAAGAAACAAUUCUUGCUAUUUUUUUUUUCAUAAUUUACUAUUUAUGAUGUAUUUAAAUGUUUUAUUCAGGACAGAGUUCUGUAAGGGGUGGGAGGGGAUAUUUGAGGGAGGGCUGGGUCUAGGGAAAGGAAUAGGGAACUCAUCGUUUUUAUGAAGUGUUACUAUUUGCCUCUAC